UAGCUCUCUAGCUAUAAUCUUUCUUAUGGCUGUAAUGAAAAGCUGUCUUCUUUUCACUAUUUCUGAAGGACAUAUGGAAAGAUCAUCUAAAGCAGCCUCGUAGUCUUUAAUUGAUAUGGUAAAACGGUAGAACACAACUUGACUCAAGCACACAGUAAUCACAGAAUGAUUGUACAUUCCAGAAUUGAGGAAGUAAUUUUCCAAAUAACAAAAAUUAACCAAUGUACAGAUAAGAUGUAGUUCUACUUCAAAUUAGAUACUAGGUAAGGGAACAUUUUUUUAUUCUGAAAAAUCAUCAGGAAAGUAUCCUGGCCAUUUGCCAGAAGCGUUCUUGUCAAUUUAACUUUCUUUAAUUUAAGGCUCUUCAAUGCAAUUUGAGGAUACCCUUUUUGGUUAUCUGUUUCUCAGGAACAUUUCAUUCUUUGUGCAAAAUUUUGGCCCUAUGAAUUCUGCAUUAUGUAGACAUUCUGGAUGAAGUCCCACUGUCAAAUGUAGACAGCUGACAUACAGAUGCUAAGACAACCAUUUCUGGUUCUGUUUCUGCCUUCAAAAUUCAACAUUUUAACUUUAUUUGAUCCAUAUGAAACCAGUAACAGCAAAAAAAUAAAAAAAUAGUUAUAAUAAUAUAAAGAUUUGUUUUCAAUAUAGUACAUCUAAGAGAUACUGUUUGUUUUUUGUUUUUUUUACCAGACAUUUCCACACUAAAAACCACAUUCACAAAAAUGUAUAAUCACGUGCCUCUACGCUUAGGACUGACUUCUUCAGUCCUUAUUCACGUAAAAUUCCAUGAUUGUUUAUUUUUUUUCUCCUUGCAGAAUAACUACAGGCAAAAAUAAUUUAAAAAAAUAAAUUGAACAAAAAAAACAAUACAUGACUAGGGACAACUUUCAGAGAUGUGAAGAACGCAUCAAAUUACAGUCUGCUAUAGAGCCUAAGACAAUAAACGAAUUGUUUUUAAUGCUAGCACUGACACACUGCAAGGACUAAGGCUAGUCUCUACCUUCACUGCCCCAUUUCCCCAUGACAAUGAUGUGAUUAUUUUCCUGGGAUUUUGUGGAGUUUUUUUAUAAAUAAUAAACACAGUUGAAAUUAUCAUAGCUAAUUUAUAUUUUUGCAACACAAGUAAUUAUGUAGGUUGCACAAUAACUACAGGUAUAAAACAAACAACAUAUUAAGUGUAUUAUUCUAUUAGAAGACCUGCUUUGACUUUAAAGAAACUGUAUUUUUUACAAAGCAAUAUUCAUUCAAUACGUACAGGAACACCAUCUAAACCAGGAAAUCCUGGGACUCCAGUUGGGCCCUAAAAAUAGAUAACAUGAAAAAACAAAGUUGCUGAGGUCAUUAACUCUUAAAGAGAAUGAAAAAUAAGAAUAUGUAAUACUAUAUAGUGAUAAACAAGCAUACUCUUGUUUAGAAAGUGAAUUAAAGCCACAGUUAUAUCAGAAAUAAAUAUCUGACAAAAGUUAAUGGGUUUAGUAUGAAACUAAGGUCAAUGGCUACCCAUGGAAAAAGACAAAUGUCAAAUUCCUAACUUUGCUGAUUCUCCAGUUUCUACAAAAGCAUAGAGAAGAAGUUGCCUAUAACUUCAUAUAUUAUUCCAUGCAUAAUUUUUACAACCCUGUCAAAUUUUGAUAAUACAAGCAGCGGUUUCUAUUUACAGGGCUGAUAUUUCACGUAUGUUAGACACUUGCUUUAAAGAUUUCAGUUAUCCACUGAGAUCAGUGAAAUUAGACAAUUAAAAUUAAUAUGAAGUAGCAAGAGCUAAUUACAGGGAUUGUACAGCUAUGUAAGAUAUAAACCUGAACUGCAAUUUUUAUUCCGGAAGUGGUAAUAAAAUUCUGUUUGGUGUACAGCAUUUUUAAAAGCACCAUAAUACUCCCUCCAGCUCCACAUUCCUCCCACAGUCAUCUACGAGUUUAAGGAGGAUUACAUGGUAUAAACUAAUCAGAGACUGGUCUCUGUUGUUGUUUUUUGUUCCCUGAUGAUUCUAAUUUUGUAACCCAAAGGAAAAAAAAACAAAAACAAACACACACUGAAACACAUUUUCUAAAGAAAGCUGUAAUUGAUUUCUGGGUAGAUAGUUUAGCAAAUGCUUUCUAAUCAUUUAGGUUCUGUUUCAUUGGCUAAUAUUUUACAAUAUAUAAUGUACACACUCAUUAGAGCCGUCUGUGGUGUUUCCUACCUUAUCACCUUUUUCUCCAGCUGGCCCAGGCUGCCCAUUCUCACCUCUCUGUCCUUUUUCCCCUGGCAGACCAGCUGGUCCUGUAGGUCCUAACGAUCCAAUUGGACCUUGAGCUCCCAGCUCACCAGGUUGACCCUGAAAAGAGUCCAAAGAGCAGGUCUCCAGCACCACUCUCAAGCUGACUGGAAUAAAUUCCAAGUCUUCCUGGCUCCACCAAUAUGCUGUAGUGGUACAUUUUGUACAAAGAACAGUCACAAAUAGCCCUCACAGUAAGGAGAACGGAGUGAUCCUUUUCUAUUCCACGUUCUGAACUGCAUCUGCAAAGGUAAAAGCCCCUGCUUCUGUGAUAGCGUGAAAGGCAAUAAGGGUGAAAAAGGCUUCCCUGGUGUUCCAGGACCACCUGGUCAUAGAGGCUUUCCAGGUCCAGAAGGGCCUCCAGGACCACAGGGACCAAAGGGUUCUCCAGGGCUUAUGGGCUUAGCUGGACCCAAAGGUAUACGGGGAGUCCCAGGAAUACCUGGAUUUUCAGGUCCCCCAGGCCUUCCAGGUGAACCAGGAAUUGCUGGCCACCCUGGGCGCUCAGGUGUUCCAGGUUGCAACGGCACAAAGGGUGAUCGAGGUUUCCCAGGUCCUCCAGGUAGAAGAGGUGCUCCAGGCAUUCCAGGUGUUGAUGGCAUCAAAGGAGAUAAGGGGUGCCCCGCAGAUGGAUAUGACCAAGGAUAUGGUGCAAAAGGUGAUCCUGGAUUUCCAGGAAUACCUGGACCUCAGGGUGCUCAGGGUGUUCAAGGAUAUCCUGGGGAAACUGGACCACGGGGCCUUCCAGGAACUUCAGGCAUACCAGGGAGACCAGGACCUCCUGGACCUAAGGGUCUUAUGGGAAUGAAAGUAAUAGGAACCAAAGGAAGAAAGGGAGACACUGGAUUAACUGGACCCCCUGGACCACCAGGAACUGUUAUCGUUACAUUAAGUGGACCAGACAAUAUGACGGACUUGAAAGGAGAGAAAGGAGAAAAAGGAUCAAGAGGACUUCCAGGGCCAAUGGGAUUUACAGGGCCAACUGGUGAUUCUCAGAGUGAAAAGGGUGACCGAGGAGAACCUGGAGCACAGGGUAAACCUGGUAAAGAAGGUGCUCCGGGUCUACCUGGAUUACCGGGACAACAUGGUGAACAGGGCAAACCAGGACUGGCUGGCAGACAAGGAGCUAAGGGUGUGAAAGGAGACACUGGUCCACCUGGAGCUUGUGGUCGAACAGAGUAUUAUGAUGUAGUUGGUGAAAAAGGAGAUGAAGGACCUCCUGGACCUCCAGGACCAAAAGGUCAACGUGGCAUGCCUGGGCCACAGGGUCCUCCUGGAGAUGCUGGUAGACCAGGUGUGUCAAGGCCUGGGCUGAGAGGUCCCCCAGGAUUUCCUGGGCCUAAAGGGACAAAAGGAGAAAAAGGACAGGAGGGCUCGUGUAUUGUAGGCCCUCCAGGACUGCCUGGGAUUACUGGCAGAAUUGGUUCUGCUGGGUUGCCAGGUCCUCCGGGAGAACCAGGUAGAGUAACUUUUAGAACAGGCCCACCCGGACUUCCUGGACAGCCAGGGUGUGCAGGACCUCCAGGACCUCCAGGAGACAUUGGCAUGAAAGGUGAUGAAGCUUGCACAUGUACCGAUUGCAGCUAUAUUCCAGGAACACCUGGUCUUCCUGGUUCUCCUGGACCACGUGGCCAGGAUGGCAUCCCUGGUAGAGAAGGAACACCAGGUCCCAAAGGAGCUCCAGGUUCUCCAGGUGCACCAGGGUUUCCAGGACCCCAAGGACCUCCAGGUUUUAAAGGAGAUCAAGGACGUAAGGGAUCAAAAGGUGAGCCAGGGUAUGUGUAUCCAGAGGGACCAAAAGGGGAGCAAGGAGAUCCAGGAGCCAGGGGAGACAAAGGAAGAAAAGGAUCAAGUGGAUUUCUGGGAAGACCUGGCUCUAAAGGUCACAAAGGUUCUAAAGGUGAAGAGGGAUUGGCUGGUUCAAAAGGAGAUAGAGGGCAACCUGGAUUGCCUGGUAACCCUGGUCUUCCUGGAGAGAUGGGGCUUCCUGGACUGCCAGGAUAUGGACCACAAGGAAUAAGAGGUGUCAAAGGCUCUAAAGGAUUACCUGGUCCACAUGGAUUGCCUGGAGAAGCUGGUCUGAAAGGAGAGACCAUUAGGAUAGCUCCAUUGCCUGCGUUGCCAGGACCUCAAGGACCAGAUGGUUUACCUGGAUCCCCAGGAGUGCCUGGUAGGGUUGGAACGAGUGGUCAGCCAGGUGAUGUGGGGCAUCCAGGGCCAACAGGUGACACAGGCUUUCCAGGGCUUGGGUUUCCUGGAAAUCCAGGCCCAAAAGGAAAUAAAGGACUUCCUGGAGGCAGAGGGGCACCAGGUUGUGAAGGAAAGAUGGGAGAGCCAGGCCGAGCUGGAAAUCUGGGACAACCAGGAGAAAAGGGUGACCCAGGCAUGAUUAUUCCCGGAGAGCCAGGCAAACUAGGUUCACCAGGAGGUCGUGGCAUUCCUGGCCCAAAAGGUGAUACUGGAUUUCCAGGACUUCCAGGCUUACCAGGGCAUGCUGGACGUGAUGGCAAUAGUGGCCUAAGAGGAGAUCCAGGCUCAUCUGGUGUUCCUGGGGAUCCAGGUUUUCCAGGGAAACCUGCUGAAUGUCUUACUGGCCUGCCAGGUUUGCCAGGUGUCCAGGGAGCUACAGGCCCACCAGGAAGAAGAGGUUCACUAGGUUCAAAAGGCAAACUAGGUCCUCCUGGCUUGGGUAUCCCAGGAAUCUACGGAAAGCCUGGGGAACCUGGAUUAAUAGGUCUUCUGGGAAACACAGGACUGCCUGGUCUCAAGGGACAGUCUGGAAGACCAGGAGUCUCUGGUGUGCCAGGCCCUAGAGGAGAGCCAGGCAUAAUGGGCCCAUUAGGAAUUCCUGGACCCCCUGGCAGGAUUGGAAGUCCGGGCAACCCUGGUAUCAGAGGCUCUUUUGGCUUCCCAGGGCUAAAAGGAAGAAAAGGGCUUCUUGGAGCACAAGGUGAACCAGGUGACAAAGGUUUUCCUGGACCAUCUGAAACCUUGGUUGUGAUUGGAAAUAAAGGAGAACAAGGCUCAAAAGGAGUCCAAGGAAGAAUGGGACUAAAAGGAGAAAAAGGGGAUGCAGGUGUCCAAGGUCCUCCAGGUCUUAUUGGAUCUGAAGGAGUACCUGGUGUACCAGGUGUCAAAGGAUUUAUGGGUCUUCCAGGGAUUCCUGGAGGACAAGGAUUUCCUGGUGCACCAGGAAACAAAGGGAACAUGGGAAUUCCAGGUCAAAAAGGACAAAAGGGUUCUCCAGGCUUUCCAGGAACUUCAGGGGACCCUGGUCCAACAGGCUAUGGUGGCUUUCCAGGUGAAAAAGGAGACCCUGGGUACCCAUCUCCUGGACUCCCAGGGGAACCUGGUCCAAAGGGAGAUCCAGGGGCUCCUGGUGUUUUGGGCAGGAAAGGAGAAAAAGGAUCCCAAGGUCAGCCAGGACAUAAUGGAGCACCAGGACUACAUGGACCCAGAGGAGAAACAGGAGUUGCUGGAAACCCAGGGAAACUUGGACUUCCUGGAGAUGUUGGUGUUAAAGGACAACAGGGCCACCCAGGACAACAGGGUGUUAUAGGCCCUCCUGGUGCUGCUGGAUACCCUGGUGAAAAUGGACUUGCUGGUGAAAGGGGUAAUCAGGGUCAGGAUGGUAUGCCAGGUCCCCCAGGAGCAAAGGGAGAACCAGGAGCACCAGGGAGAGGAAUCCCUGGCCUUCAAGGCGUUCCUGGUCGUAGAGGAGUCAAAGGGGACAUGGGGCUUCCUGGUUUUCCUGGGCCACCAGGUAUGAAAGGUCUUCAGGGUGACCAAGGACCCAUUGGACCUCCUGGAUUAAUGGGAUUACCUGGAUUUCAAGGAGCAACAGGCAUGGCAAUUACUGGCCCAAAAGGGAAUAGAGGCAUUGCUGGUGCAGAUGGAAGACCAGGUAUUCCCGGUUUCCAAGGGCUGCCUGGUCUUCCCACUAUGAGCAUAAAAGGAAGCAAAGGUGUUAGAGGAGCAGAUGGCAUACAAGGACCAAUGGGCCCAGCUGGUGACAGUGGCCCUCCAGGUCCAAAAGGAGUAGAAGGUCGACCAGGUUAUCCUGGUGCUAGAGGGGACCCUGGCUUUCUCGGAUUUCCAGGUGUAAAAGGAGAAAAGGGUAAUCAUGGACCACCUGGACCACGAGGGGCAGAAGGGCCAAGGGGACCAAAGGGCCAACCUGGUCCACCUGGUGUCUCUGAAAGAAUAUUCUCUGUCCCAGGAAGCAAGGGGCCUCCUGGACUGCCAGGAAUCCCAGGAACACCAGGUGAUCAAGGAGUUCAAGGGAUUCCUGGACUACAAGGACCUAAAGGAGUGAAAGGUCUACCAGGAAGUUUUGGUCGUCCAGGUCAACCAGGACGGCCUGGUCCAAAAGGAGACAGGGGAUUUCCAGGACAAAGAGGGCAACCUGGAUUGAUUGGCUUCCCUGGCCUACAGGGAUUGCCUGGAUCACCAGGUACUAUCACCACUGGUCCAACAAGAAGAGGUUUUAUCUUUACUCGACAUAGUCAAUCAACAAAGAUUCCUUCAUGCCCAUCUGGGACAUCACAAAUCUACUUUGGCUAUUCACUGCUUUUUGUACAAGGAAAUGAACGAGCGCAUGGACAAGACCUUGGAACAGCUGGUAGCUGCUUGCAGAGAUUUACCACCAUGCCAUUCUUAUUCUGUAACACCAAUGACGUGUGCAGUUUUGCUUCUCGCAAUGACUAUUCAUACUGGCUGUCAACUGCAACAGCAAUGCCAGUAGACAUGGCACCAAUUUCCGGCAAAGCACUAGAGCCCCAUAUAAGCAGAUGCAUUGUCUGUGAAGGACCUGCAAUGGUAAUAGCAGUUCACAGCCAAACAACUGCAGUUCCUGCAUGUCCAGGAGGCUGGAUAUCUCUCUGGAAGGGCUUUUCUUUUGUUAUGUAUACAAGUGCUGGCUCAGAAGCUUCUGGCCAAGCACUGGCAUCUCCUGGAUCUUGUCUGGAAGAAUUUAGAGCCAUCCCAUUCAUAGAGUGCCAUGGCAGGGGGACAUGCAACUACUACACAAACUCCUACAGCUUCUGGUUGGCAUCACUAAAUCCAAGAAGAAUGUUCAGGAAACCUAUGCCACAGACGUUGAAAGCAGGAGAACUAGAAAACAUCAUCAGCCGUUGUCAGGUCUGCAUGAAGAGACCAGUCUAAACAGUGGCCAGUCUUGACAGAGCAUGAAACCCUGCUUUUAUUACAAAGAAUUGCCUAAAUUUGGAGAGCUAUAAUUUAUUAAAGUCCAGCUUCACCUGGAAAGAAAACUAUGAUUGCCAGUGAAGCACUGUGGUGAGGUAGGGCAACAGUUUGACUUUCGUCUUUGGCAAAUGACAAAGCACUUUGUUGGAGUAAGCUUGUAAUGACAGUCUGCAGGGUCUUCUCCAGAACUGUCUCUAAGCUGUCAUCUCUAAGCUGCAUCUUCAUGACAAAAUCUGUAGCAUUGCCAAAUCUUUAAUGAAGGACAUUAAUGCUGCCUUGUGUCAUGUGCUUUUCAAAUGGCAAGACAAACAAAAUGCUCUAAUAUCAGCUUACAGAUGAUCAGUGUUCAAAACAGGUAUAAUUUAAGAUGAAAAUCCAGCACUUAUGAGAGACAGGGUUCGAUAUGAAAUAUUUUCAGUGCACUUUUAAAUACAUACUGAUUAAUUUAGGGCUGUUUUGGUUUGGUUUUCUUGUCUAAUAAACAAGCAUUUUCCCACUUAGCUCACCUUUCCUUGGCUGGGAAACAGGCAUACAGUCUUAUUUGUUUCACUGAAAUAAUAAUGUUUUUUAACUAGCCAGGAAGGAAGCUACACUGUGCACUGGGUAGACACUACAGUGCUGAUGUGCACUGACUGUGUUCUCUUGAGUGACUUCAGCUAAGUGCUGCCUAGUUGAAAGUGUAGGAAAAUCUUCUUUAGAUGCCAUGCUUUUGACAUAGAUUAUGGGAUCUUAAAUAUUCUUCAGAUCUUGACAGUAUUGAGCCUGUAUUUUGUUCCCAUGGUUUUUCUCUAGUAAAGAACAAACAUUUAGCCUAACAUAAUUUAUGAAAUCAGCAGAAUUUACAAUGACUCUGUGGUUCAGGAGCUCCCAUAGCAUUAUAGGCUUAUUACAGAGCCUCCAGGAAGUAAUCAGUAUUUCAUUUACCUAAUAUUCAAUUUUGAAAUAUUUAUAACAAAUGAUAUACCAUUUUGAAACACUGAGCGCAAACACUCCUUCAAAUUUCAUUUAUUCCAUCCAGUUAAAUCCAUGCAUCAAAAAUUGAAACAAGAUUGAUACUUAAAUUGUACCACUGAGCACUGACUUAACAGGAGAACCCAACUGCAAAUGAACAUGAAUACUUGAAAAGCACUUUCAUUUACUCAUAUAACUUAUAUAAAAUUGUAGCUCUGAUUUUUUUUAAAAAAUAUUUGUAACAUUGCACUUGCAAGGCUAUUUAAAAUUGUAAUGUUAACAUUUAAAAUGUUAAUAUUUUAAUACUUGCACAAAUUAUUGGAAUUCCAGUAUUUAGUUUUAUAGAAGAAGCCUAAUUCAUCUGAAGAGUUCUGUAAAUGUACCAUUUUAAAUGUAAGGUAGAGCAAUACAUUGAAAUAGCCAAGAUUUCUCCUUUGGAUCUUUUUUAAGCCAGUGAAAUUUUAUAUUGUUUCUGUUAAAAUACUUGCAUUGUGUUUGUCUGUUUGAAUUUUCAGUGUUAAUCUAACUAUGAAACAGUUUUAUCCGUGUUUCAUGUCAUUAUCUUCUGAUGGAGGUGACUUGAAGAUACCAUUUCCAUGAACUAAAUGAAUAUUUUUAAAGUUUUGUUAGCUUGAACAGCUGUAGUACUUCUGUUUGCAAGGUAUAAUUGUGAAUUUGCAGGUUUUUAUGAAGAAUCUCUAUGCAAAUGCACUACUGAUAAGAAGGUAUUAAUGUCAAGUUAAUAUUUAGUCUUUCAUUUAGAUAAGGUUUGGUUAUGGAGGUGUUUUCUUUAAGACAAUCCCUUGUUAGAUCUCUUGCUAUAAGCUCUGAAAUUUCUUUAAAUACUCGAAGAAAAAUCUAUGCCUAUUGCUUGUUAGGUUUUUUUUUUAAUUAAGGCUCAAUGCAGUCACACAAAGCCAUUGUAUACUGUGUACAACUGAUGACUCAAGACACAAUUGUAAAGCUUACUAGCAAAAUGCAGGAUAUAAGUAUAUGUGUAACAUUAAAGACUGCUGGAAAUGUUCAGUAGUGGGUAAAGUAUAAAGAGAAGGGAAUGGAUGUGGUUAUAAAGUCAGAAGUAAGUUACAAUGUGUUAUGUCUCAUAGAAUCACAGAAUGAAAGGGACCUUAAAGAUCAUUUAGUUCCACCUCCGCUGCCAUGGGCAGGGACACUUUCCACUAGAUCAUGUUGCUCAAAGCUACAUCCAACCUGGCCUUGAACGCCUCUGCGGAUGGAGCAUCCACAGCUUCUCUGGGUAACCUGUUCUGGUGCCUCACCACCCUCACAGUGAAGAAUUUCUUCCUAAUCCCUAAUCUAAAUCUGCUUUCUUUUAGUUCAAAACCAUUACCUUCUGUCCUUUUGCUACACUCCCUGAGAAAGAGUCUAUUCCCCUCUUCCCCGCAGGCCCCCUUUAAGUACUAGAAGAGUAGCUAUAAGGUCUCCUCAGAGUCUUCUCUUUUUAUUUGGGCCAAACAACUCCAGCUCUCCCAGCCUGACUUUAUAGCAGAGGUGUUCCAGCCCUCUGGUGAUGUCAUGGUUUUGUAACUGCUGUGGCCCUCCUCUGAACCCACUCAAAGAGGUCCAUGUCUUUCUUAUGCUGGAGGCCCCAGAGCCGAAUGCAGUGCUCCAGGGAAUUUAUGCUUUGUUCCCAGUUUUGGAUUCUGCUGCACCCUUAUCGUGUGACCUUCAACAAGUUACUAAGAAUAAAGAUUUUCAUAGAUAGCUUUAGAUUUUGAGUGUUCCAACUUGGGCUUUCUUUCAGAAGCAGGCAUUGCUCACAGCUGCAGGGACACAUACCAAGCCCAGCUGAUACAAGCUGGACACUGAAAUCCAAAGAAAAACUUGAAGAAAGUCGAUCUUAAUCUCUCUCUGGUUGUUGUGAGAAUUAGUUAACUUGUCUGUAAAUAAUUUUAGAGCCUUAACAGGAAAGUGCUGAAGAGGUGCAAGGUGUUAAUAUAUUGUACUGAAAGAAUGGAAGCAUGAAAAAUCAGUAAUAAUGAGAAAACAAUAGAAAGGAAAAAAAAAAGGAAAAAACAAAGAAAAAAAACCUUCUACUAAAUACAAUCAAAUAAAAAUAUUUUGACUAAACAAAA